UAGCUUACAGUCGAACGAGCCAAUCAUUGUUCAACAAGUCCCUCAACACAACGCAAGCACAAAUCGACACUACAGUACAUUUCCGAAGACCAUUUAGUUUUAAAAGAUAUUUCACUAUUCGACACGAUCAAUACGAACGUCACAAACCAUCGAUAACCAUGAACGUUCUACCAAGAGCUCAAAACAAAUUAGUACAGGCUAUAAAGAGAGAGGACUGGCCAGCAGUAACAGACAUCCUUGAAAAUGAACCUCAUCUUAUUGAUACGCAGGAUGAGAACGACUGGACGCCAUUAAUGCACGCUGCGAUCUACGGCGCACCAGAUGAUGUGUUGGAGAAUAUGAUUAAAACGGCAACAGUUAAGUGUUUAGAACACCAGACGCGUUAUGGUUACACUAUUCUCCAUUACUUGGCGUCCUUCGCACCCGUGUCAGCAAUGAGACGCGUGUUGGAAAAAACCAACAAGAAGAUUAACACGCAAGACAGCAAUGGACGCACAGCACUACAUCACUGUCUACUACAUCAGAGGCUGACGCACGAGCAACACAAGGAAGUCGCAAUUUGCCUGAUAACCUUCGGCGCGUCCGUGACAAUAAAAGAUAUGUUUGAUAUGACGCCUCUUGACGAGUAUGAUGAAAACGAUUGUGAACGAUACGAAGAAACCAAAAGGAGAGAGAAAAAGAAAGAAUUAAGAGGUUUACUUGAAGAACUGUCGAUUCCUUCAGAGAUUUUAGCCAGGGGUCCCGAUGCCGUCAAAGCGUUCAGAGAUGCACUUAAAAACGGUGAAAUAACAGUUGUUAAUUCAAGACUGAUGUUCCUAGGUAACGAGGGUUCAGGAAAAACAUCUUGUGUCAAAGCCAUGCUUGGGAAAGAAUUUGAUAAGCAUGAGCCUUCUACUGCUGGUAUUGUUACAACUACUGUCUUUCAAAGUGUAGGCAAAGAUUACAUCAAAUGGGAGGAACAGAAGGAUGUGGAUGGUAUGAUUUAUUAUAAUAAACCUAAAUGAUAUAAUAGUAAUAAUAAUAAUAAUAAUAAUAAUAAUAAUAAUAAUAAUAAUAAUAAUAAUAAAUUAAUAGUAAUAAUAACAUUUAUUUGAGAACAUUCAUUCUUUAUUUGUCCUCAUUAAAAUUGGAAAUUGGAUAUUCGGGCUGGAAAUUCUAGUAUUCGUGGCAGCCACACACGAUGUAACGGAUACAAACAUGGUCCUUCCCUAACUUUCACUGUGAUGAUUAUUUAAGGAGUCGAGCGACCAGACUCAAAUUCUACAGCACAGGAAACAAUAACAUUACUUCUCAACAACACUCAGCUUAAACUUAAAAAAGCCCUGCCUGAACCAAUAAUCCGCCUAUUUAUGGACGUGCAAUCAGCUAAGCCACAUCGCUAUGCAAUAAUUUUAAUAAAUUCAGGGUUUAAAUG